CCCAUGCCGGGGCGCGGAUGACGUCACUGCUGUUUACGUCACGAGGCGACGGCGGUGGCGGCGAAAUGGCGGACGGGGAUCUGAACGUGGAGAGCAUCAUAGCGCGUCUGCUGGAAGUGCGGGGAUGCCGGCCGGGGAAGACGGUGCACAUGACGGAGGCGGAGGUGAGGGGCCUGUGCAUCAAGUCUCGCGAGAUCUUCCUCAGCCAGCCCAUCCUGCUGGAGCUGGAGGCCCCGCUGAAGAUAUGCGGCGACAUCCAUGGGCAGUACACGGACCUGCUCCGUCUGUUCGAGUACGGUGGCUUUCCACCUGAAAGCAACUAUCUCUUCCUGGGCGACUACGUGGACCGUGGCAAGCAGUCGCUUGAAACCAUCUGCCUGCUGCUCGCCUACAAGAUCAAGUACCCCGAGAACUUCUUCCUUCUGCGGGGCAACCAUGAAUGUGCCAGCAUCAACCGCAUCUACGGCUUCUACGACGAAUGUAAGAGGCGCUUCAACAUCAAGCUCUGGAAGACAUUCACAGAUUGCUUCAACUGCCUGCCAAUUGCUGCCAUUGUGGACGAGAAGAUUUUCUGCUGCCAUGGGGGUCUCUCACCCGACCUGCAGUCCAUGGAGCAGAUCCGGAGGAUAAUGAGACCUACGGACGUCCCCGACACAGGGCUGUUAUGCGACCUGCUGUGGUCGGACCCGGACAAGGACGUGCAGGGCUGGGGAGAGAACGACCGUGGAGUUUCCUUCACCUUUGGCGCCGACGUCGUCAGCAAGUUCCUCAACCGCCACGACCUGGACCUCAUCUGCCGUGCGCACCAGGUCGUCGAAGAUGGCUACGAGUUCUUUGCCAAGCGCCAGUUGGUCACGCUCUUCUCUGCCCCCAACUACUGCGGGGAGUUUGACAACGCGGGGGCCAUGAUGAGCGUUGACGAGACGCUCAUGUGCUCCUUCCAGAUCUUGAAGCCGGCUGAAAAGAAGCCAAAGUACCAGUAUGGAGGGCUGAACUCGGGCCGGCCCGUGACUCCGCCCCGCACUGCGCCCGCACCACCUAAGAAGAGAUGAAGCCCAUCCGUGUUGUAUACCCCCCCCCCCGCUCCACACCGCACACCACACAGAGAGGGAGUCACGCAGACGCACUGAUGCUAUCGGAAGUUAGUGGCAAAUGUUGUAGCUAGAAGCUACAGCAGUGCCUCUUGAGAAUAAUAAUAAUCGGGAUGCUGGAGGGGGUGGACGUCUGGUUUUCGAGUCUUUUCACUAAUCGGUCACAUAGCUGUGACUGGUAAGCUUACAUGAGUCCUAUGUUAAAAAAAAUGUAUACAUUUUGGGGCAACAGGGUCAAUGGCUUAUUUUGAUUAGGCAUGUUCACCAUUCAGUCUUUUGGUAAAUAGCACUUUCCUGCCACAACUGCAAACACGUUGAAAUGUAACGGUGAUAUGUAUAAUAUAUCCCCUUGCAAUUACUUUUAUUCCAGAUUUGUUUAGAACAUAAGAUAAUGCCACUGGCCUCUGAGCAGCAGUGAAACGGACAUUUUUCACACUCGACGUGCAUCGUUAACAACUGGUACGCCGUCGCGUCAGGAAUUACCAACGGGGCUCUGCUGUGCAGAUUUCCGAGCAGGCGUCUUGCUGACGGGGUGCGUUUGUCCGCCGCCCUUGGUGUUUGCGAGGGCUGUGGAUCUGCCUUUAGUCCUUCGGUGUCUGCUCAGUCCACUUAACGUCACUUCAGUACUAACCGGUGCAGUGACCGAGCUCUGUUGUCGAUGCAUCUAAAUUUUCCCACACAAUGUUGUUCCUCUGUCAAUACGCAAAUGUGAAAAGGCUAAAUUCCACUUGCCUCACUAAAGCUCUUGUGACAUUUUAUGCAUCACAGUAAUAUGUUAGGCCCCCACCAUGCUGAGUUUUCCACAGGCAGAAUGUAACGUCAAAAUAAACAUUUUAAUCUGUCACUAAAAAUACGUUUUGUAUCGUAUGAUUUGGUGUUUGUUUAAUAACAGUGAAUUCUUAAAAAUGUUCACGGUAAAUGGCAAGCAUUUUCGGUCGUAACUAAAGGUGUAAUGCAAUUAUUGAGCUAAAAAAAAUCUAGUCAUGUAACAGA